AUGGUUAAUCCUAAACUGUUUGGAGGUAAGGAUUAUUUGCUAUCUGAUUCAUACGAGGAGGUGCUGACGGAGCCCAAGAACGCACUUGGAAAGCAAUACAAAAAGAUGUAUCAGAUGGAUAGUGUAAAGCUGCAUUUCACGAAAACGGCUUUGCGGCUAAUAGCUAGAAAAGCAAUAAAGAAAAACACUGGAGCUCGUGGCUUAAGAGCUCUUUAG